CCCAGUAGAAUGGGAAAUGAAUAGGAACAGCCACAGCCACAAGUCACAGCACAAAAAGUCUGAUUGAUUGACAACAAAAGUUUUAUAAAUUUGUGUGAAAUCAUCUGUGAUUCUCUUGUAAUUACACGUCAGGAAUUGCAAAGACUAGUACGCCCACCCUGUAAUUAUCAAAGGUCUGGAAUUCAAAGUUCAAACCUUUUGAAAGUUGUUGAUACACUUUCCAUACCCUUUAACUUUAUUGUCCGUCACAAAUUCAUCGACCUUCGAGAACAUUUAUUAACGUGGUCAAGCAAAACAGCGAAGACAAGAACGUCGAGAAUUCACUUCUCCUGUACCUGCAAGAAAGAGAAAAUCAUCAUAGCAUCGGAGAACUCGCUUCUGCACAUACCAAUUUGAUUCAAAGUUUCUCCUACUUUCGUUUGGUUUGGGAAAAAAGGUGGGAAAAGAACUUAACAUAAAAUUUUCGGGCCGCCUUACGGAGUUGAAAAGACUAUCAACAAGACGACUGGUUGAAUCGAGCUGAUUUGAGCGGUUGUCUUUCUUGUGUACCUAGCAAUGAAAAGUUUGACCAGAGUUUGAUUGAUAUUCUUUUCCUACAAGUUCUCAGCAACUAUACAGAGGUUUAAGGAAAUUCUGGGACUACCCGAGGGCUAAACAAAGAGAUGGCACAGAAAGGAAAUGUACUCCAAGAUUGCCCUAACGCAUCAAACCCCUACCACGAAUGCACCGAUUCUUGUAUCAAAAGGAUUGCUCAAGGGCAAACACGCAAGGAGAAAAAGAAAUCAGGUGGGAAAUUUGGAUUUUUUUUUCUUUCUUUUUUCUUUUAAGAUGAUAGCAAUGGAGAAAUUAAAACGCACUCAGCUUGCUCUAAGGCAUCCAAUCCUUACCAUGAAUGUGAUGAAUUUUGCAUCAAAAGAGUUGCUGGAGCUGAGGUGCGGAGGGAUAAGAAGGAAACAGGUUGUUAGCAUCUUCUUGUAUGGUUCCAUGAUUCUUGAUGUUUCCAGAAGUUUUGGCAGGAGAAAGAAGGAAGGUUCCCAACCAAAUUCCCCACAAGUGAAUGACAAUGCAUUUUUUCGGAACACAGUUUACCCUUCUGAUUUUUCUUCAAAGAAAAAGGUGGAAGCCACAAACGGUGAGGAUUUUCCUCAUUCCCCGGCACACGCAAAGGAAACUCAUGCCCAAGAGCCUUCUUACAAGAAGGGUCCAGUCCAAUCCUCUCACUCAGUGCCUCCUUCUGGAAUUAUAACAUCGCCUUUCCUUCCCAUAGACACUCCAAAGGAAAAUAGUACCAGCAUUUUUGGCAAAACACCAAACAAUCGGGAAGUGGAUGAAAAGCCGAAAGCUUCUCUUCCCAGUUUUUCUAAUCCAAUUGUUGAUGACAAGUUAGAACAUGGUGCUGGUUCAGCUGCUGGGUCCAUGACCUUUAGUUUCUUUGGUAUUCCCAAUGGUUCAGAAGGCAGUGAUGAGGAAGAGAUCCAAUCUGUAAUUUCUGAUUCCUGUGUGUCUGUUGGAAGAUACCAUGUAAAAGAAAGUUUGGCCUCUAUUCUGCAGUCAAUCUUUGACAAGUAUGGAGACAUAGCUGCAAACUGUCAAUUAGAAUCAACUUCCUUGCGCUCGUAUUAUUUGGAGUGUGUGUGCACUGUGGUUAAGGAAUUACAAUCCAGUUCGAUUAUUCAUCUGACCAAAGCCAAACUCAAAGAACUCUUGGCUAUUCUCAAGGAUGCAGAAUCUUCUCAAAUUGAUGUCAGUUGGCUGCAAGGCAGAAUCAAUGAGAUCACAGAAGACAUUGAGCUCAUUGGUCAGCAUCGAUCCAUCGAGGCAGCAAAGGCCAACUGUGAUCGUGAUUUGGAAUCAACAAGGAAAGAACUAGAAUCUCAAAUGGAAGACCUGUCUCUCAAAGAAAAAGAGGUUGACAUUGCCAGGAAACAAGUAGCUGAAACCAGAGCUCGACUGAGUGAGUUUGAGCUCAAAUCUUCCCAGUUGAAUGAGACUAGCUUGUCUAUCAGGUCCAAGAUCGAGAAUUCUCCCGGCCAAUCCUUGUUAGAUGAAUUAUUGUGAUGCAACUUUAAAGAACCAAAAGGUUUCAUUUUCUCAUGUUGUAAGAUGAAGCAAUAGAACACUAAACAGAAUUUCCGGCAUAUUUUGCAUGCAUAAACGAUACGAAAUAAUUAGUUGACUGAUGUCAUUUCCCUUGUACACUGACAUCCUUAUUUAUUUCUCUUUUUCCCCUGGCUUCA